UGCAGUAGUUUGUGUCUCUGCCCCUCCCACAAUGGGGAGAUUUUCCUGCAGUAGUUUGUGGCUGCCCCUCCCACAAUGGGGAGAUUUCCUGCAGUAGUUUGUGUCUCUGCCCCUCCCACAAUGGGGAGAUUUCCCGCAGUAGUUUGUGUCUCUGCCCCUCCCACAAUGGGGAGAUUUCCCGCAGUAGUUUGUGUCUCUGCCCCUCCCACAAUGGGGAGAUCUCCCUGGUUUGUGUCUCUAUUGGCUAUCUGUCAUGGUCGGAGGGGGUUGGGCAUCCCGGUAGAUUCUUCUCCCCACAUACAAGUGAAAUCCAUAUUCCGGGUUUUGUCGAUUUUCUGCACUUCGUUGUACGGAUUCCAGAUGACGAACGAUCUGCUUUGUGUCUCUUCAGGUCGGUUGGCAGCUGAAGAACUUGGU